CUAUAUUAUAGACUUUUUGAGAUAUAUACUAUGCCAAAGUGAUUCAAAAUAAGUUAUUGAAGUUAAAGCAAAUUUCUAAAAAAGAAAACUAUAAAACAAAGUUUACAAAACUUCUAUAAGAGAAAUAUUAGAGAAAUGGCCACUUCAACAAUGCAAUCUGCGGCAACUUCCGCCCCCGGUUCCGUAACCGUAUCCGCUAACAAUCCCCAACUGAAACGCGUCGUCUACUCGAAGUACCGCGAACUCCUCGGAUCUUAUAAUGAUAAGGCCAAUGCCAUUAUCGACACACUGCCCGCCUAUAUGGUGCACAAGGAUCGUGGCUUCCAGCUGCCGGAGCUGCAUCCUGUGACUAACGGGGAAGCCAAGACCAACUGCCUGGAGUCGUCAUAUGGACAGCGCGGAGGUGGAGGAGCCGGAAACGGAGGCUACGAGGCCCCCGCCUGCGUCCAGAACGCUAUGAUGACAAAAGACAAGAAGCCGUUCACCUACACACCCGGCGGCAUUGAUCUCUCCCAGAUCCGGUCCGAGCGAAUGGCCAAGCGCCUGGCCCGCAACGCCCAGUCGGAGGGGGCGACCGGCGCCUCCCAACAGAACAGACCUGCCCAGCCGCAGUCGCCGGGCGGAGGCGCGGCCAGCGCUAUAGGUGCCGCUGCCAUGGGCAUGCCCUUCCAGGUGCUGCCCCCGCCGCCGCCGCCACAGCCCCUGGGACAGACGGGAAAGAACGGUACGUCCGCCGCUGCAGCGGCUGCACCCCCACCACCACCCCAACAACCCAGCACACUAGCGCCGCCCUCAGGGCGUCUCAGUGCACCCGGUUCUCCGGCGACUGCCCGCAAGUCGCCCACUCCACAGCGCUUCGAGCCGCCGCCACUCGGCUUCCGGCCGGAGAUCAAGAUCCCGCCCAACCCGAUGGCUGCGCUGCGCAAAGUUCCGCCUCCGGUGGAGAAGAACACAUUCUGGAAGGACGAGUACUGCAAAGACCGCUCCAAGAGCCCUCUGCCCGAGGUGGCAGCUGCCCCAACUGACAGCUACACCAAUGGCAACAGCAACAGCAAUGGCAACAGCAGCAGCAACACUCCCUCCGAUGUUGUUGAUGCUCCCAGAUCAGCACCAGCUCCCAGUGUGGAAAGUAACAAUGGCAACAGCUAUAUCCCAUACACACCCACUACACAGCAACAGCCGCCGGUGGCUUCUCCCAAGACACCACCAAUGCCGCAGGAACAGCCAACCCCACCACCAACACCGCCACAACAGCAACAACAGCAGGAGCAGCCACAGCAGCUGCCACAGCCACAGGCUCAGCCGGAACUGCCACAACAGGAACAGCAGCCGCAACAGCUUCCAUCACAGUUCCGUAGUGUAGCUAUGCCGACUUCUCCGGCUGUGAAUGUGUACACUCGGCAAACGGAGAGUCCUCGAUCGCCCUUCGAGCAGCAACAGCGAUCCACAGAAAGUCCCUUCCGGUAUGCCCAGCAGCAACAGUCGCCGCUGCAACGUCCGGCGCCAGCAAUAUCGCCACUGGCUCAGGUGCCACCACAGCAACAGUCGCCGCAGCAACGUCCACCAGCAGCCAUAUCGCCACUGGCCCAGGUGCCACCACAGCAGUCGCCACAGCAACAGGCCGCCCAAUCUGUGCCCUGGAGAACACAACGCACCCAGCCUGGCCCACAGCAACAGCCGCAGCAGCAACAGCAAUUGCAAUCGCAUCCCCAGCCCAUCUACAACAAUGUUCAGGCCCUGCAGCAACAGCAACAGAGAUCUCGCGAUGUUUUCAGCCCAGCUAGGACUGAAACCGGAGCAACUAGUUUCCAACAACAGCAGCUGCAGCAACAGCAGAACUUUGGCACUCAAACCCAAAACCAAUAUGCGGCAGCAGCAAAGCCUACCAAUGUUGGCUCGCUUUACAUCGCUCCCUUGGCCCAACCCACAGAGCCGCAGGCUCAACGAAUUCUGUUGCAGCAACAGCAGCAGCAGCCAGGUGCCCGUGAUUCGCCAAUGCGGCAGUUGCCACAACAACAGCAGUCACAGCAGCCGCAAGCCAACCAGCCUCUGAGGUGGCUCACCUCUCAGCCGGCCAGCAAGGAGCAGGCACCCUGGGCCCUGGGUCGUCCCGAGGAGAACGGCAACGUGCUGCCCUCCACUCUCAGACAGACCACGCCGGCGCCGCAGCCCCAAGUGGCACCACCGCAGCCCCAGAGCCAGACCUCUUUCUACCAGCUGCCGCAGUUGCAGCCUCAGACAGGAAAUGGCUAUGGACCAUCUCCGGUGGCAGCUGCUCCCAUCAUCAGUCAGCAAAAUUUCGGAUCGAAUCCUCAGCCAGGAGGAUUGCGUUUGCAGAUCAAUCUAAACACCAAUGGCAGCAGCAGCAGCAACAACAAUGCCAAUCCAAGUGCACCAAGGGAACGUAUCAUACCCAUCACUCUCGAGCAGACCCCCACCUAUGCCGCAGCCCAGCCCAAUUUCGGUGGUUACAACAAUUAUGCAGCUCCCCCCGCAGGGCAGUGGCGGGAACCAAGUUCCCAGCGCGUCCUGUCGCCCAGCCAGCAGCCGGUGAGUGCCAGCACCAAUGGCAACGCAACCAGGAUAAUUCCGAUCGCCAUCGAGGGAGGACGCGGAGGUCCGGUCUCCCAGUCGCCAGUGCUACUCCAAAACGAUCCACGUUCACCACCCAUCCAAUCGAAAUCGUUUAGAAUUUUGCAAAAGAUAACCGACACCGUGGACGAUGGCAGCGAUGAAACGCAUCCCCAGCAGCAACAGCAGACGCAACAAACGCCCCAGGAGGCGGAGUUGCAGCGGCCACAGUUCGCCCGCCAGAUGAGCGCCCAACAGGCUAGGAAUAGUCCCACCAUCGAGCAGAUGAGGCGCCUCCAGAUCGCCCAGGAUCAGCAGCAGUAUCAGUCGGGUACGCCACUAGCUUGGUCCCCGCAAGGUAAUGGAGUCUCUGCCCAGAAUCGAUUCACACAACAACGUUAUGAUACACCCCAACAACAAAAACAAUAUGUGCCGCCUAGUGAACAACAAGUUCCGGAACCCAAAAAGUACACAGGAAGCGCUAUCCCCAGUCGAUCUUUUAAGAUUCUUCAAGCAAUGACAACACCUGAAAAUGCCGACCAUAAAAAUCACACCGAGCUGGACUCGGAUUUGGAAAAUGUUGAACUGAACGAAAGCCCAAUUAAUAUCAAUAAUAAUAAUAAUGAAAACAAUAAUAAUCAUAAUAAGAUUAACAAUAAAACCAACAAACGCCAAAGUUACACCUCAGCCACCCCCACACCACCACCCACCACAUACAACACAGACCCCACCACCCACUCAUCAAACUCAUCCCUCAGUUCAGAUAGCUCGUGUGCCCCCCAGCCUCCUCGUUCUCAGUCGGUGCCACCGCAGUAUCCCUAUGCCUACGGCUACCCCUAUCCCUGGUACAUGCCUCCGCCGCCGCCACCAAACGGUGAAGGUGCCGCGCCCUGGCCCUAUCCCUACCCCUAUCCGCCACCCCCACCACCACCACACACGGUAGAGGGAAAGCCCGCAGAGGGCUUUCCCCCGUAUCCCUACUACUAUCCCUAUUACCCACCGCCACCCAUGCCGCCAUACGGCGCCCAGGCGGGGGAGCCCCAAUCCCCUGCUGCCUACCCCCCCUUCUAUGGCCAUCCGUAUCCCUAUCCAGUAGCUCCCAGCUACAGCCAGAGCUCCACGGAGGAGAGCAGGGCCAGCAGCGUCUUGCCGGACAUCAUCAUCACCCCCAGCACCGACGACAUGCCCUCGCAGGUGAUUAUGCAACAUCAUAUUCGCGUGGAGCCACGGGAGCCGCCCAAGCGGGCUCACUCCGUGGAGAUAGAGGAGCUGGUCAGCCGGCCAAAGGCCAGGAAUAUCUGCACCAACAACCAGCAGGUCAUCGAUGUGCUCAGCCAGCGUUUGGCCAACAUCAACAAGAUAGCCGGGGGCAAUACCCAGGCCAACCUCUCCAAGGAAUUGCAGAAGAACUACGCCGGCGAACAGUCGAAGGAGCUGGGCGACAGAUCACCCAGCGAGAAUGCCUCGAAUUCCGACAGCGACUCUUCGGAGGAGAGCAGUGACGAGGAUGAUGAAGUUACUCCGAAAAUGGGAGCCCGUCCGACUCCCCUGCAGGCCAUCAAAUCGGUGACCAAUGUUCAAGUCUACAAAGGAAAAACCCUCGAGCAGCACUUGGAUUCAGAAAGUAGUGAUGAGGACGAUGACGAAACCACCGCAGACGAGAUGUUCGAUGAAGAGGAGCAGGAAGGCCUCGUGGAAGAAAUGGAAGAGGACUACAUUGUGGAGGAGGAUCUGAGCGUAAUUUACGAAGAGGAAAGUGAGCUGGAGCGCAGCAGCGAGUAUGCCAAGACUGUCGUCCGUAAGGAUGACUCCCGAUCCACCAUUGUGGACGAAAUUGAUAAGCAAAUCGAGGAGAACGACGAUGACGAUGAGGAGUCCAACUCGGUGACAGUGCGUCUUCCUUUGCGGUUCUCAUUCAGCCGCAAUACCAAUGAUGAGGAUGUCGCCACAGUCCAAGUGGGCAGCACCACCCAGGUCGAGGAGAAGCGUCCAAGCAUUGCCAGUUCCUUCAGUGUUGCCAAAGUGGAAAGCGAAGACGAGGAUGAGGAUGACUGCGACGUCAGUGUAACCAUUAGUCUGUCCAACUCCUCACGUUCCAAUUCAGUGGAAAAGACGUCACAGCCGUACAAGACCUCCAAUGCCUAUCCAGUGGAGGAGAUGACUGUUCCCAGGAAACCCAGUAUUGAAGAUGACACGAAUUCAUUUUCCUUGGGAAUGCGAAACAAAUUCCUUGGAGACACAAUGUCCAAUAAUGUCACCAAUAAUAUAUCCCAAGUGGACGUCAAGCCGAAGACCGAAGAAGUCAAGGAGGUGGCCAGCUCGCCAAAGGAAGAGUUUGAUUUCUUCGCCACAUUGAUGGCCACCAAGAUGCAGGCCCAGAAAAUGAUGGAGCAGUCGAAAAACUUCUGGAAAACACCCGAAGCAAAGCCAGCAGAUCAACCGGCUGAAGUCCCAAAACUACGAUCCAAAGAAAAUGCAUUGGAAUCUAAGCCUCCGAGGCCCAAAUCCGCUGAUGUGUCCAAAACUCAGGCAUCUUUGGAAGCAGCCAAAAAUAGUUUCUGGUCCACCUUUGCCACAGCAUCCCAAGAAGCAGAGCCCACGAAGGCACCCGAAGAACAGCCAGAGGAAGUGGAUUUUUGGGCUAGCAUAGAAAAAAAGGAAUCUACUGACGUGGCUGACAAGCAGUGGACCAAAAAGAAGAAAACCGUCACAUACACGCCCCUCAAGAAAGAGGCUGUCAACAGAGUGGAGCACUGGACCACAACACUAAGAGCUCGAGUGGAUUCCUUACCCGGCUCUCAAAGAGCAGAGGUACAUUUUAUCGUCGAAGAAAAGCCUGAACAGCCCCAGGAGGAUAAACACCAGGAAGAAGACGAAGAGGAGGACUUCUGGGCUUCGGUAGAGCAAGCUAAGGCAGCUAAGAGCAGCGAGACGAUUUCAAGUACGAACUGGAAGAGUUCCACUUACAACCAAGAGCCUCAGUUGGAAACGGAGUCCACUAUCUGGGUAGAUCAGAGCAAAGAAGAUUAUUCCUCCCAGCCUGCAGAAGAAGAAGGAGACUUUUGGGCGGACAUCAAAUCCACUACCAGCAUCCACGAAGAAGAAAAACCCGAAAACAUGGAAUAUGAUCCCACAAAGUACCCAGAGGAGCCUCGCGAGGUUGACACCGAUGAAGAAAUUGACUUUUGGGCCGAGAUCGAAGCCAAUAGGAAGCCUGGGGACGAUGAUGAUGAGGAUGUGACCUUCCACAAAUCGGCCACCUUCUGGGCCCGAAAGGAACGUCAGAACUCCGUGGAGGAGACACCCUACAAGCCAGUGGAAACGAAAGCCUUCAGAGCCAAGUUGCCUGAUGAGCCGGCAGUGGAGAUCGAUGUGUGGGCCACUCUAGAAGCAGCCAGAGGCGAGGAACCCGUAAUAGUCGAUCCAGUUGUGGAGGAGGAGAAGGUACUGGCCGAGCAAUACGAGGAACUGGAACAUGAUUCUUCAGAAGAGGAGGAGGAAGAGGAGAACAAAGCAGAAGAGCCAAACCCAGAGACAAAUCUGAGCCAUGUAGACACUAUGUCCAUGGCUUCAAUGCACGAGCCAGCCACAGUGUAUACUUGGUCUGCACCUCCGCAGGAUGAAGACCAGGAGGAAGAAGUAGACUUCUGGGCAGAUAUAGAAAAUGAGCGUGCCAAGAAGGAGCAGGUCGAGGAGGCGGAACAGAAGCGACAUAACUACCGCCAAGCCAUGGCCUUCUUCAACACCUCCAUCGAUGGUCAGCAAACGCCACCGCAGGCCAGUUCCCAGAAGGCUAAUCGCAGCAGUGUUAUCCUGGAAGCCGAAGAACCUCAGGACAUGGAACUGGGACCACCAGGCGGAUACGAGAUUGUCGGCGAAGACGGUGCCAUUGUAGAGGAGCACAAACCGCAAAUCCCUGAAGCCGAAGAAGAGGAAAGAGGGGCUCCCACGCCAACGCCCACAAAUUCCGAACCCCAACUGCCUGAGGUCUAUGUGGAGCCAGAACCAGAGGUUAAGCUCCUGCCGAACGGGUUACCCGAUCUGGGAGUUGAAAAGUUUAGCUCGGAAGCGCCAAAGAUCUCCGUACGCGACAGAAUCAGUGCCUUUGAAGUCGUGCCCUCACAAGGAUCCAAGGCUUUGACCACACAGUCCCUGUCCGUGGACAGUGGUGUUGGCAAGGGAACACUAUCCCGUAACAGCAGCACCCAGCGCUCUGAGUCGGAGAUCGAGGAAGACGAUUCCGGGGUAACCGACAUGAACCGUCACCUGUCCGAGACGGACACCGAAUCGGAGAGCUUCCCGGAGCUGCGCAAGAUGAGCAGCUACCAGCGAGCGGCCACACAUUCCAGGCUCUUCAAGCUGCUCCAUGACGAAAACGACCUUCCGGAGGAUCCGACAGCCACGCAGGCUGAUGAAUUCCAACUGAAGCCCAGUCGCCGGAAGAUCGUGCACAAUGUGUCUAUCACCAGGAAACAGAAUCCGAGUGCCCUUAGCGAAGCGGAGACAAUGACCCAGCGCCGGGAGCGUCUCUCCCUGCCCCUCCGCAAGAAUACCAGCAUUGAUGCGGAUAAUCCAUCAACUCCAAACAGUCCAGCCUCGCCCAUUAUGGGGCCAUCGGCCAAGAACCAGAAGGUGGUGAGCGACAAGCUGGUCAACGAACUGGUCCAGAGCCUGCUCCUGAAAAGCGACAGCACGCAUCUUCGCAAACUGCCCAUGGAGAAGCUUCAGGCGGCGGCCAAGCGAGCCCUUGCCGAGGAGAUGGACUCUGCGCAGAACAGCUCCCUGGACAGCACGCCGGCGCCAACCCCGAAGCACGACAAGGAGUACUCCGACUACUACAACAGUUGGUGCGAGGCUAGUGGGAGUGGUGACGAGGUUCUCCCCUCCAAGGCCUUCCGGAACCUGCAGGAUCCGCGACGUAGCCCCUGGACGGUUCGUUGCCCCCGAGUGCUCAGCUCCAAGACCAUAAACCGGGACUUGGCCCGAGUCACAGAAUCGCCGGAGAUAGCCAAUGCCAGGGGCAGUAAGAGUCCGGAAUGCUUCCGACAGAACUCACAGUCCCGGGAGCGAUCCGUGAGCAGUUGGCGUCGGGUGUAGGGAAUGGCAAGGACGUAGCCACUUGUAUAUAUCAGGGCGGGUCUGUAGUCUUAGCAGGGAUGUGAGACCGGUUCCGAUGCGAUUAGGGAUCGAAGAUCCCCCACCAAAUCGAACGAAAUGAAAAGCGAAUUCAAAGCGACAGGGGCCUUACUCGAUCCUCAUGGGUUCUGUAAUCCCCCUAAAAUGGAUGGUAGAAAACCUAAAAGGUUAAUCUGGAGGCUAAUCGAUAUUCGAACCGGUUACCACUCCCGAAUUCUGGUAAUGAUAAUUUAGCGCCUAAGGCGAUCUUUCUGCAUUUGGCCAUAGAAGUCACUGCCCAAGGACUGGGUAUCACCCAAAGCCAGUUUUGCAUUUCUUAUAUCACCAUCAUCCAAUCGCAUAUCAUCCCAGCACUCACAUUAUGUACAUUAUGAAUACCAAAUACACUCAACACUUUAAUAAACUAAAUAUUAAACAUGUAAAUAAACCAAUUGAAACCAAUGAAAAGAAAUCGUUCAUUCGUUCGUUCGUUUGUUACCUCAGAAAAGCGCAAAACCAAAAAUUCAAAAUCAUUUUCUUAAAAACCAAACUACUACAUGAGUAUGUCAAAAUUUGUAAAACAUA